AAAAGAUUCUGGUUUUCCAUUCAGUUUCUUGAAGCAGACCAAUCCAAAAGAUCUCUUCUUAAUCUCAGUUUUGCUUAAGAGUUUUCUGUCGGCAACCCAGAAGAGCAAGGUGCUUCAGAAAGUGCACAUUUCAAUUUCAGCUUUGCUUACUGUCCAAGUACUACCACCACAAGGGGAGAAGCAUACAGCGUUUGGUCAUAACACAUUUUUGCAUACAUUGCAUUCAUUUAAAAAAAAAGUGUGUGACAUGCUUUUUCCUGAAGUGCUCAAGCAGGGACCGGUUAGGCCAGCUGGGACGAUAAUCUUUUAUGUAGACUAAAGCUGUGGUUCAGCCAUUAAAGUUACUUUAUUUCGCAUUUAAAGAAGGAAAUAGGAGGUAUCCUUGCCCAUCAAAAAGCAUGAAAUGCUAAAGAUUCAUUGGUGUCCACCAUGAAGACAUUAAAGCCUCAAAGAUGAAACUUUAGCAGAAUUCAGAAGACCCUUUUGAGAUGAUUAUCACCUAACUAAACAGGUGCCUUGUAAUUAUGCCAGCCCAUCAAGCACUAAUCUGUGAUGGCAAGCUCAGAAGUGAAGAAAGGCACAGAAGAUGGGGAAGAAGCUGCAGUGCCUUUAAACUUCAAGACUUCGGUGUUGAGAGUCUCCAUCCACUGUGAAGCAUGCAAGCGCAAAGUCGAUAAGAUUCUAAGAAAGAUUCGUGGCGUUUUCGACACGGAGAUCGACCUGAGGCAACAGAUGGCCAUCGUGACGGGGAACAUAGACGCGGAUACCUUGAUCCAGAGGCUCAGGAAACGAGGGAAGUACGCAGAGCUAUGGCCUCAAAAGCCGGAAAAGCCGGAAGAGCCGCAGGUUAAAGCAAAGAACAAAGAAAGACAAAGUGACCCGAAUAGUGCUAAAGAGCCCGAAAAAGAGGGACAGAGUGUGAAAACGGAAGCGCCGGAGAAAGACCAAAGUGCCAAAGUAGCCAGCGAAGGCAGUGGCAAAAAAGCCGGUAAAGAAAAAGCGACCCAAGAUGGCGAACCGGCGACCGACGGAGCCGGCGCCAAAGCGAAAGAGGCGAAGCAGGAGGUGGAGGAGGAGAAGGCGACCGCGUCGGCGGCCGAGAAGCAGCCGGUCACUGGCGGCGGUGAGGGCGGCGGCGGCCAUGGCGGUGCUGGAAAAAAGAAGAAAAAGCAAGGGCAGAAGGGGAAGAACGCGGCGGACGGGGAGGGUGCCAGCUCCGGCGAAGCGCCGGCGAGCGCUGGGCCAGGAUCCGGGGAACAGAACAAUCAUGGCCAAACUCCACAGCGCAAUGCGGCCGGUGGCGGCCGUCCACGUCAGCAAGCCGGUCCGCAUCCGGUUCCGCCGCAUGCCUACGAUGGACCCGCCGGCCCGUGGCCUCAACGCGAGUGGCUCAAUCAUGCCGCUCCACAAUAUCCCAAUCACUGGUACCCGCCGCCGCAAUAUGUGCCUCCGCCGUACUGGCACGAUUACCACGCCGGGCCUCCGCUGGUUAGUCACCACACGGCGAAUCCCACCCGCCCGGUCAGCCACCGCACGGAGUACGCUAGCACCUCCUAUGCCGAGUCGCAUUACGCCUCCGACCCGCCGCCACACCCUCAUUUUUAUGGGCCUGCUAUGGAGGAGGAGCACCGGCCGCCGCACCCUCAUUUUUAUGGACCUGCUAUGGAGGAGGAGCACCGGCGGCCGCACUAUUCGGGCGAUUAUCGUCUGCAACCGUCGAACUCGUUCGAGAUGUUCAGCGAGGAGAACCCGAAUAGCUGCUCGAUUAUGUGACGAGUCGUGCUAAUUGAAAAAAAAAAAAAAGUUUGGGAGAUGGUAGAGAAUAUUCGGGGUAGGAGUUUAUGCUUCUUGUGUAAGACCAUUCCAUGUUGAGCUUAGGAAAAAUUUAAAAGUUGGUUUCUUAGUUUAAGAGGAAUUCUGGUUGGUCCCCUUUUGUUCCACCAUGUUUGAUGUACAUUUUUAUGUUUAUUACAACUUAGAUCCCUGAAAUUUCCGAAUUUACUUUGCCC